AGCCGGGAGGCGCGGCGGCGGCGGCGGCGGGAGCGGCGGCGGCGGCGGCGGGCGGAGGCCGCGAUGGCGAACGCCAGCGAGCCGGGCGGCGGCGGCGGCGGCGGCGGCGAGGCGGCCGCGCUGGGCGUGAAGCUGGCGGCGCUGAGCCUGCUGCUGUGCGUGAGCCUGGCGGGCAACGUGCUGUUCGCGCUGCUCAUCGUGCGGGAGCGCAGCCUGCACCGCGCGCCCUACUACCUGCUGCUCGACCUGAGCCUGGCGGACGGGCUGCGCGCGCUCGCCUGCCUGCCGGCCGUGAUGCUGGCGGCGCGGCGCGCGGCGGCCGCGGGGGCCCCGCCGGGCGCGCUGGGCUGCAAGCUGCUGGCCUUCCUGGCCGCGCUCUUCUGCUUCCACGCCGCCUUCCUGCUGCUCGGCGUGGGCGUCACCCGCUACCUGGCCAUCGCGCACCACCGCUUCUACGCCGAGCGCCUGGCCGGCUGGCCGUGCGCCGCCAUGCUGGUGUGCGCCGCCUGGGCGCUGGCGCUGGCCGCCGCCUUCCCGCCGGUGCUGGACGGCGGCCCCGAGGGCGAGCACGCGCCCUGCGCCCUGGAGCAGCGGCCCGACGGCGCGCCCGGCGCGCUGGGCUUCCUGCUGCUGCUGGCCGCCGUGGUGGGCGCCACGCACCUGGUCUACCUGCGCCUGCUCCUCUUCAUCCACGACCGCCGCAAGAUGCGGCCCGCGCGCCUGCCGCCCGCCGUCAGCCGCGACUGGACCUUCCACGGCCCCGGCGCCACGGGCCAGGCGGCCGCCAACUGGACGGCGGGCUUCGGCCGCGGCCCCACGCCGCCCGCGCUCGUGGGCAUCCGGCCCGCGGGGCCCGGCCGCGGCGCGCGCCGCCUGCUCGUGCUGGAGGAGUUCAAGACGGAGAAGCGGCUGUGCCGGAUGUUCUACGCAGUCACGCUGCUCUUCCUGCUGCUCUGGGGGCCCUACGUGGUGGCCAGCUACCUGCGCGUGCUGGUGCGGCCGGGCGCCGUGCCGCAGGCCUACCUGACGGCCUCCGUGUGGCUCACCUUCGCGCAGGCCGGCAUCAACCCCGUGGUGUGCUUCCUCUUCAACCGGGAGCUGCGGGACUGCUUCCGGGCCCAGUUCCCCUGCUGCCCGGGCCCCCGCGCCCCGCAGGCCGCCCUCCCCUGCGACCUGAAAGGCAUUGGUCUGUGAGGGCUCCGCCUCGGACCCGCCAGCCCUCCCCGUGGCCUGGACUCGGAUGCGGCUCUUGCUCGCUGCGCCCUCUUAACGGUCUCACUGCCUUCACAGGACGAGCACCCGCACCCGGAGCGUGCAGACUCCUUCAGGGGAGAGGGUUUCCAUCUCCAGCCCACCCUCCUCCGCUCGUGGUUCUCCUAAAUAUCUAUUUUCAUCUGGACAAUGGGCCCGCGGUCUUUGUAUUGGUACUGAUGUCUUCUACUCCAUGCUAUUACUUUUGAAAAUAAAGGCUAAACUAAUUUUCCUCA